AUGACCGCCAAUAAUGUGCUGGGAUUGGAUGUUAGAGUUGGUUCAGAUGAUGUGAGGAUUGUCCUGCUGGGAAAAACUGGAGUUGGGAAGAGUACAACAGGAAACACCAUCUUAGGGAGAAAAGCGUUUAUAGCGGAUGUAUCUCACAACUCCAUUACUAAAGAGUGUCAGAGAGAAACAGCUGAAGUUAACAGCAGACGCAUCACUGUGAUUGAUACUCCAGGACUGUUUGAUACUGAACAUGAAGAGAUUCAGAGAGAAAUGACCGAAUGUAUCUCAAUGACACUGCCAGGACCUCAUGUGUUUAUUAUUGUACUGAGUUUAGCUCAACGCUUCACAAAAGAGGAGGAAGAAUCAGUGAAGAUUAUUCAAGAGAUGUUUGGUGAAAACUCUUUAAUGUACACCAUGAUACUCUUCACCAGAGGAGAGGAGCUUAAACAUGAAACCAUUGAAGAGUUUUUAGGAAAACCUGGAUCUCCUUUAAUGAAUCUCAUUGAACUGUGUGGUAACAGAUAUCAUGUGUUUAAUAAUAAUGAGACUGAAGAUCACACACAAGUUUCUGCUUUACUGGAGAAAAUAGAUGACAUGGUGACCAGAAAUGGAGGGAGUUAUUACUCAUCUAAAAUAUUCAGAGAGAUGGAGCGAGAAAAACAAGAGAAAGAAAUAAAGGGACUGGAGGACACAAUAGAACAACUGAGCAGAGAGAAAGAAGAGGAGAGAGAGAGAAUGAAGAAGAUGAUGGAGGAAGAAAGACAGAAACAUGAGCAAGAGAGACAGAAAAGAGAAGAAGAAUUCAUGGAGAGAGAAGAAAGAAAGAAAAGAGAAAUGAAGGAGCAAGAAAAACAGCUGCGAGACGAGAUGAGAAGAGAACGAGAGACAUUAAAAAAUGAAAUAAAGGAAAGAAUCAACGAAAACAAAGAUCUCCAGAUCAAAUUUACAACACAAAUAGACAAACUGAUGAAUACAAAAGAAACUGAACAACAGAAUCGUGAAAAAGAGAGAAAAGAAAGAUAUGAAAGAGAAAUAAUGGAGCAAAAGAGACGGAUGGAAGAUGAGAUGAGAAGAGAAAGAGAAACAUUAAAAAAUGAAAUUGAGGAAAUAAAGAAAGAAAAGGAGAAAACAGAUAGAGAAAGAGAAAAUCUUUUGUUAAAACAUGAAACAGAGAUAGAGAGAAUGAAAGAGAUGAUGGAGGAAGAAAGACAGAAUCACGAGAAAGAGAGGAAGAAAAGAGAUGAUGAUUUUAUAGAAAGAGAAGAAAGAAAGAAAAGUGAAAUGAAGCAAAAGCGAGAGCUGCAAAAAGAGAUGAGAAUGGAAAGAGACAGCUAUGAGAGAAAGAAACCAGAUGAAAAAAUGAGAAAAGAAGAAGAGGAUCAGAAAAGAAAAGAGAGAGAACAAAUGAUUUUGGACCAGUAUGAGAAAAUUAAAAAAGAGAAAGAGAGAACAGAAAGAGAAAGAGAAGACCUUCAAUUAAAAUACAACACAGAGAUGGAGAGAAUGAAGAUGAUGACGGAGGAAGAAAGACAGAAACAUGAACGAGAGAAGAUAAACAGAGAAGAAGAAUACAAAGAAAAGAUGAAAGAAAUAGAGAGAAAAACACAUAAACAGAUUCAAGAUUAUGAAAGAAGGAGAGAGGAAGAAAAUCAAAGCUGGAGAGAAAAACAGAAGAUGCUUGAAGAAAAAAUCCAGAAUGAGAAACAGCUGAGAGAAGAAGAAAGAAAAAUUCAUGAAGAUAAAAUUUAUCUGAUUGAACAACAGUGUGAAAAUAAACUCAUGAGAGUAAAAUCAGAGGAGCAUGAAGAAGACAGAAGAGGAGAAAUAGAGAGCAUUAAAAUCUGCUCUCAAACAGACUCAAGUCAUCUGAUAGUUGAACCAAAAAUCAGCAAACAGCUUGAAAAACUCUUCAGUAGAUUACAUUUAACAAACAGACAUCAAGAUAAACUGAGUACAGAAGAUUUUCUUCAAAUCACAGAAUCUUCACCUCAGUCUCAAGAGCCACAGAAAGAAACCGAACUUGUGAACUGUUUCCUACAUAAACUGUUUAACAUGAACUACAGAGCAAGAGAAACUCACAUAAAACACAGAGAAGAUCAACAAACACCUGCAAACUACAACCCUGAAGUUGACUUUGAUAUUCAUGUAAUGGACAUUCAGAUGGCUGUGUUUCAUUGUGCUGAUAGUUUCCUAAAGCAGCUGAUGGUCACUAAACUCUCUCAGUGUCAGUUUGCUCUUCCUCUGCUUGUUCCUCAUCCAUUUACACAACAGAUUGAGUUUCCUCUCUGGACAUUCAGACAAAUUAACAAGAGCUGGAAGAUGAGAAAUAAUGACAAUGAGAUCAUCAGUAAAGUCCAGCCUGUGUACAAAGCAGAAACUCCAAUGGUGUCAUUCUUUAGGUUUGGCUCUUUAUCUUCAUCAAAGUCUCAGCUGAUAAACAGUUUGAUCAAUGAGAAACACAACACGUUCUUCCACAGAAACUGCUCAGGAAGCAGCAGAACCAGACUACUGAUGGAUGGAGUGGUGGAGAUCGCCUGGUACUGUCCAUCUGGAAGAAACACAGAUACAUUUACUGACUGUGUUGCCUUUUGUAAUCUUCAUGGUGAUGCAGAAGACAAUGAGAAACAAUAUGAGAUUUUAACUUGUAUGUCGUCAGUCAAUGUCCUCUUCUUAUCUGAUUUUGGACAGAAGAACCAGGAUAAGAGUUUAGUGAAGUCACUCUUCAGAUCUCCUCAGCCUCUUAUUUGUCUCCUCACAAACAAUGACUGUAAUAAAUCUAAAAUGACUGAUGGAAAAAUCAUCUUUGGUCUUUUGAACAAAAAUCAAUCUGAUCUAUCUAAUGAGAUAAGAGAGACUAUCAGAUUGAGUUUGAAAGAACACAAGAAGACUUUUAAACUGGAAGAUGUGAAACACACAGGAAUUCAAGUAGAUGAGAAUAAUGAAGAGUGUCAGAGAGGAAAAGAGGCGGCACUUCAGAUGAAGAGAUUACUGGAUGAUGAAGAUCCAUCAACAUUUAAAGAAACAAAUCUGCCCUGUCAGGGGAAACUGUGGCAUGACUGGUGUAAAAUAAACAAAGAGCUUCGUCAUCUAAGAGGAGAAAAUCUAGAAGAAGAUAAAAGCACCAAACUGAAACUGAUGAGAGAAAUAAGAGAAAAGCAAAUGUCACAAGGAUCAACAGAGUUUAUGAGGAUAUUUUUUGAAGCACUGCGAUCACUGAAAACCAAUGAGAAAAAGUAUUUUCUGACAUGGAUGAUAAACCUGUUGGAUGACUUCACUUCAAAUAAGCUUUGUGAACUUCAUAAGGAGUAUGAUCAGACAUGGAAGGAAUUCUUAGCUAUGAAACAAAAGCCAAACAAACAAGACCAACUGAGGGGUAAACAAACUGAGCUUGAGGAAAUAUCAGGAAAAAUCAACAAAACAACCUUUGGUUUGGAGCACAUUAUAAGAGAGAUCGGUCAGAUUUAUGAAUCAUGGUCAUCUGUAAAGAAAAACGAUUUCUCUGAUCUCCCGAGUCUUGCAGCAGAGAUUAUGAUAUCUGGAUUUCCACUGGAGCUGAUGGAUGGAGAUGCUGCUCAUGUUCCUCUCAUCUGGAUUAAAGCUGUUUUAGAUCAAAUCAGCCAGAAACUGGGGGGAGAUCAGAGAGUUUUUGUGCUGUCAGUUUUAGGGAUUCAGAGCUCUGGUAAAUCCACUUUACUCAAUGCCAUGUUUGGUCUUCAGUUUUCUGUCAGUGCUGGUCGAUGCACCAGAGGAGCUUUCAUGCAGCUGAUCAGAGUAUCAGAGGAGAUGAAACAACAGAUGAAGUUUGAUUAUAUUCUGGUUGUUGAUACUGAAGGUCUUCGUGGACCAGAACAGGAAGGUCGAAGGUCCUCAAGAAAUCAUGAUAAUGAAUUGGCCACAUUUGUUGUUGGUCUUGGAAAUCUGACAUUGAUCAACAUCUUUGGAGAAAACCCAUCUGAGAUGCAAGAUAUUCUCCAGAUUGUUGUCCAGGUCUUCAUGAGGAUGAAGGAGGUGAGACUGAAUCCCAGCUGUAUGUUUGUACAUCAGAACGUUUCAGAAGUCACAGCUGGAGAUAAAAACAUGGAGGGACGAAGACGACUGCAGGAGACACUGGAUGAGAUGACAAAACUUGCUGCUAAAGAAGAAGUCUGUGAUGCAGGAUAUUUCAAUGAUGUCAUUGCAUUUGAUGUACAGAAAGAUGUGAAAUACUUUGCUCAGCUGUGGGAGGGAAGCCCACCAAUGGCACCACCAAACCCAAACUACUGUGAUAAUGUUCUGGAUUUGAAAGAAUCUAUUUUAACACAUGCUUCAGAAUCAAAUGGCAUAAUGCUGUCACACCUAAGAGGACGUAUUGAAGAUCUCUGGGAGGCUUUGCUGAAUGAACAGUUUGUGUUCAGCUUCAGAAAUUCACUGGAAAUCGCAGCUUACAGAAGAAUAGAGACAGAAUACAGCAAGUGGAGCUGGAGUCUUCGAAGUGCAAUGAUGGAAAUUGAAAACAAACUACACAACAGAAUAGAAAAUGAAGCAGUUCAUGAAGUUAAAGAAACUGAUCUUCAAAGAGAACUUCAUGAAAAAAGUGAAGAAGUGAAAAAGACAAUGUCAGAAUUCUUUGAGAAAGACAGAGAUGCAGAAAUACUGAAUCAGUGGAAAACUUCAUUUGAAAUAAAAAUCAAAGAGCUUCAGGAAAACAUUGUGAGGGAGACCAAGAAGAAAUUAAAUCAGGUUCUUCAGCAGCGAGACAUGAAGAAAAAGAUUGAUGCUCAGAGGACACAACAUGAAAACAGUCUGUUUGAAAAGAGCAAAGAACUUGCCAUGAAACUAAAAGACAAAGCAAAUGAUGAAAAUAUCAUGAAAAAAGAGUUUGAUUCCUUUUGGAAAGAGCAGAUGGAUGAGAUCAUCAGAGACACUCCUCCAGUUAAAAACAUUGACAUAUUAAAGGAUGUGACAGAUCUCCUCACAAACACAUUUGAAUGUCUCCCUGUAGACUAUAAAAUCAGCAGUGAGUACAUUGAUAUGUUCUCUGUGCCAAGCUAUUCAGAUUAUGUACAGGUAAAGAGAUCCAGUGGAGUUAUGGGAUCUUUAAAACAUUUCUACAAAGGAGCUAAAAGGAAACGUAGCUUUGUUUUAUCUCCAGACGAUGAAGUUCAGGUAAGAACUUUAAUCAAUGAAAUUGCCAAUCAGACAGAUCAAAUUAUUCAGUCAUAUAACAUUGCAAAGAUGGGCUUUAACAUUACCCACAUUCAACAACUCAUGGAUUACAUCAAGAAAAAAAUAUCAAAUUAUGAAGAAGAGCCAUAUGUGAAAUAUAUUUUCAAGAGAGAAUUCUUCAGGGAUUUGGUAGUUUGCAUUUUUCACAGAGCAAACAAGACAUUCACUGAUCAACACAGAUUAUUCAGAGAAGCAAAUGAUCCUGUUCUUUAUUUUAACAUAAAAAGAGAAGAUUACUACAGGAUUUUCCAGAAAUACUGUCAUGGAGCAACAUCAGCUGCCAUUACUGCUGAAUUUAUUUGUAAUAAACUUAAAGAAACAAUCGAGCAGAAUGUCUACAAGAAAACUGCCAUAGAUUUAGCAGAUGAAAUAAAGACAAACUGUGAAUCACUGAAUGGAAACAGAUCAAAUCUGGAGAAACACAUCCUGAAGACACUGGCAAAUAAAGAAGAUUUUAAAGCAUACAUGACCUACAUUGAGAAUCCCAGAGAUCACUUUAAAAGUUUUAUCAGAGGUGAAGUCAGUCAGUACAUCACUGAAAGAUUUCAUGAUAGUGUUCAACCUAAGAUGGAGAAAAACAUUACACAGCUGGAGCAGAAGAUCAUAAACGCAGCACAAGAGUCCACCAAACACAUACAAGAGGUCAAUGGAGAUGUUCAUUCAUGGUUGACUCAUUUCACACAUCUGCUGUCUGAUGUUCUGGUUUUCUCUGUAAGUGACCUCACUGGAGUGAAUAUUGCUGAUGUCGAUAUCACUGUCCUAGAACAUGUGAUAGCAAAAGAGAUUCCUUCUGUAAUAUCUGACACUCGCAUUAAAUUCACCACAGAAACAUUUCCAGUAAAGCUGAACUACACAGACAGACCAGAUGAGCUUCUGAUUGAUCAUCUCUGUCAGUGUUGUUGGGUUCAGUGUCCUUUCUGUGCUGCCAUCUGCACCAACACCAUAGAAGACCAUGAUGAAGAUCACAGUGUCCCUUUCCAUCGUAAUAUUGGACUAAAUGGGUGGCAUUACAAAGGAACAAGAAACCUAGCUAUCAACAUCUGUACAUCAGCAGUAGCCAGUGAUCUAUCAUUUUAUCCAGACCCAGACUCAGAUGUUUUGUGCCUCUGGAAAGAAUACAGAAAAGGAGGUCCUGAAUAUGCUCAAUGGAGUAUCACCCCUGAUCUCUCUGAGCUGCCCUACUGGAAAUGGUUUGUGUGCAGAUUUCAGAAGAAUCUGGAGGAGUACUACAAGAAAACAUUUAAGGGAAACGGUAGGAUUCCAAUUGAAUGGAAAAAAUACUCUGAAGAGGAAGCCAUUGAGAGUUUAGAUAAAUACAUUUCAUGAAAAACACAAAGACUUCAGGAUAUAGGUACACAAUACAGUUUGAAAUAAGUUUAAUGUGAAAUGUUCCAAAUUAAAUAUAGCCACAAAACACUUACCAGGAUCAGGUAAAAUGUAAUGUCACUGAUCUAUACUUUUAGACAAGAGAUGUUAGAUGAGUAUUUCAGAGUAUAUGUUAAUAUAAUACUUACUAUGUAAAGAAAUGCAAAUCAUGUCAUAGUACCAUAUCUUCAACACAGUAAUGAAUAAAUCUAAAGGUACAAAUUAUAUACAUAAUGUCAUAUUUAACAUAUUCAAAUUA